AUGACUACUCCGCGCAUCAGGCCGUUAGAGGAGGCCGUCGUGAACCGGAUCGCCGCCGGCGAGAUCGUUCUUGCCCCUUACAGCGCGCUCAAGGAGCUGCUGGAAAACUCGAUCGACGCGCAGGCCACCUCCAUCGACGUCGCGUGCAAAGAGGGCGGGCUCAAGCUGCUGCAGAUCACCGACAACGGCGUCGGCAUCGCGAAGGACGACCUCGCAAUCGUGUGUGAGCGGUUCACCACGUCCAAAUUGCGCAAGUUCGAAGACCUCCAACAUAUUGCCACAUACGGCUUCCGUGGGGAAGCCCUCGCGAGCAUCUCCCACAUAGCGCAUGUGUCGCUCGUGACCAAGACCCGCGACAGUCCGUGUGCGUGGAAGUGUCGCUACGACGCCGGCCGUCUGGACGCGCGCACGCCCGAGCCGCAGCCUGUCGCCGGCACAGAUGGCACCACGCUAGUGGUGGAAGACCUUUUCUACAACUUCCCGUCCCGUCUCCACUCAUUGCGGUCGCCAGCCGAGGAGUACGCCAAAAUAGUUGACAUUGUGAGCAAGUAUGCCAUCCACGCAACGCACGUGGGGUUCACGUGCAAGAAGUACGGCACCGCAGCAAACGACAUCGCCCUGCGCUCGGGCAUGUCCCAAAAAGAGCGUGUGCGUGCAAUCUACGGCUCUGCCGUGGCCAGCCAGCUUCUGGAGCUUGAAGUUGAGCCGCACACAGACUAUGGUCUUUUGAAAUGCACCGGACUAAUCACCAAUGUCAACUACGACAACAAGAAGAGCACGCCGCCGAUCUUCUUCAUCAACGGCCGUCUCGUCAGCUGCGACCCGCUGCGCAGAGCUAUUGCUCAAACAUACAGCACCUUCCUUCCCAAGGGCCACAAGCCGUUUGUGUAUCUUUCGCUGGAGCUGGACUCGGUGAACGUGGAUGUGAACGUCCAUCCCACGAAACGGGAGGUGCGGUUUUUGUUUGAGGACGAAAUAGUUGACCAUGUUGCACAAAAAAUUGCGGAAGUUCUUGCCAACACAGACGUUUCGCGCACGUUUCUGACCCAGCAGCUACUUCCGAGCCCCAAACGUUCUGCCACCACGGACAUUGCAAUUUCGACACCGAAAAAAUUACGGCCGCUGCCGUCGUUCAGCCAGUACAAGCGACCGAGUGAACACAAGCUGGUGCGGACGGAUUUCUCGCAGCCGACGCUGACGACGUACCUGAGCCAAAAAACCAGCGUCGACAACGUCGAUAACGCGGCUAGUCCCACACAGCGCGCAAAAGUGAAGCUCAAAAGCAUUUUCGAGCUUAAAGAGGAGGUGGAGCAGGCGGCAGACGACAGACUAACGGAGGUGUUUUCGAAGCUGACGUUUAUCGGCGUUGUCGACUCCCUGAAACGGCUGAUGUGUUUCCAGCAUGACGUCAAGCUGUACAUUGCGGACUACGGUGCUCUGUGCUACGAGCUGUUUUACCAGAUCGGGCUUGCCGAUUUCAGCAACUUCGGCUGUUUGCGACUUUCUCAGCCCGUCAGCAUUGCAGACCUGCUGCUGGAAAACGGGCUCACCGACCAAAUGGACGAGGUUUUGCAAAUUUUCGUAGAGAUGAGGGACAUGUUCAAGGAAUAUUUUUCUAUUGAGAUCGACGACGACGCACAAAAUCCGAAAAUCGCAACUCUGCCGUUGCUGGUGAAGGGCUACGAGCCGGAUCUCUCAAAAUUGGCCCUGUUCCUGUACAGAAGUGGCACGAAGCUAGACUGGGAGGAUGAGAAAAAGUGUCUUGGUGGCCUGCUGCAGCAGCUGGCAUUGCUAUACGUACCGGCCGCCAGCGAGAACGACGACAAUAUCGGCGAGGUGCUCGAGACGACGAUCUGCCCUCUGUUAAAGAAACGGCUCAUCCCCCACGCAGGGCUCGCGCGGGACGUGGUGGAAAUCGCCAACCUACCGGGCCUGUACCGGGUGUUUGAACGGUGCUAG